GGUUUUAGAUGAGAGAUGAUAGAUCACAAUUUUUAUUUCUAGCCUUCUAGGGUAUGAACAUCACACUAGCUAUUCCACCUUCCGAUUCUUGAGCAUAGACUUCAAAAUUUGGGAGAAAGUUUGAGAGAGAGUCAAUUGUUUUAGGUGAGAAAGGGGGAACAGACAGAGGCCGGAAUUCUCAAUUUCCAUGGGCGUUCCUGGAACAAGGCUUUGAUGGGUUUCACUUAGUUUGUAGAAUUUUGGUGAGGGAGUGAGAUGUUGGGUGAAGAAGGAAAGGACCCCCUCCCCGGUGGACGUGGGACUCGGAGAGCUUAUUUACGCUCAGUAUCAUGGACUGAUCGCUCUCCAACGAAACCUCUUCCUAGACCACAGCCAAACACUAAGAUGAGGUCGUGUCUGCCACCACUGCAGCCCCUUUCAAUUUCCCGGCGCAACGCAGAGGAGUGGCCGAGAGCGGGCUCGGAUGAUCUGGGUGUUUGGCCGCAUCCCCCAACCCCAGGGGGGAGAUUGGGGUCAGUCAAACCCCUUGAGAAUUCAAAUUCAGAACAACCCCAGAGAGAAUUUCAGUUGAAGAAGGAUAAGCUUGCCUUCUUUGAUAAGGAAUGCUCCAGAAUUGCAGAUCAUAUAUAUUUGGGAAGUGAUGCUGUUGCAAAGAACCGUGAAACUCUGAGGCAGAAUGGUAUCACCCAUGUGUUGAACUGUGUUGGGUUUGUUUGCCCUGAGUAUUUCAAGAGUGACCUUGUUUACAAGACACUUUGGUUGCAAGAUAGCCCAUCGGAGGACAUCACCAGUAUUCUUUACGACGUGUUUGAUUACUUUGAGGAUGUUCGAGAGCAAGGUGGGCGGGUUCUUGUUCACUGUUGUCAGGGAGUAUCAAGAUCAAACUCUCUUGUCAUUGCAUACCUCAUGUGGAGGGAGGGCCAGAGCUUUGAAGAUGCAUUUCAGUAUGUGAAAGCAGCCCGAGGAGUGACCAACCCGAACAUGGGUUUUGCCUGUCAACUUCUGCAGUGCCAGAAGCGGGUGCAUGCUGUACCAGUGAGCCCGAAUUCUGUGCUUAGGAUGUAUCGGAUGGCCCCCCACUCUCCAUAUGAUCCUCUUCAUCUCGUACCAAAAAUGUUAAGCCAUCCAGGUACACUUGGACUUGACUCUCGUGGGGCAUUCAUUGUUCAUGUCCCUUCAGCGAUAUAUGUCUGGAUAGGGAAGAAUUGCAACUUAGUGAUGUCAAAUAAUGCAAGAACAGCUGCCUGUCAGGUCAUUCGAUAUGAAAGGGCACAGGGUCCAAUUGUGAACAUCAAAGAAGGUGAGGAGACAUCUGAAUUUUGGGAUGCUCUUGCUAGUGGACAACUCUUGGCAGAUCAUAGCAACAAAGUGGGUGCUAGAGAUGAAAGUAGUUCGUCUUCUGAAAAGGAUAAAGUCUGUCCUGGGAUUGGCGAAAGGAAGGUCAAUGAGUAUGAUCUUGAUUUUGAAAUUUUCCAUAAGGCUCUUGCUGGUGGGGUUGUUCCACCUUUUCCAUUACCAGGAACUGGAUCUGAGACCUGUCUACCAGCUAGGGAAAAUGGAUGGGGUAGACUAAGGCGGAAGUUUACUAGUGGUUUUGUGAAGGAAUUUGUCACAAAACUGAAUUGUGACACCACUCAAUCCAAUCAUGUAGCAGAUAUGAUUAUAGAUGCUAGUAAAGAAGUGAAAAACACUGUUUCCAUGUCUGAUCCUUUGUCACCAUUAACACCUCCAUGUGGUUCACCAGUUUUGCUUCCCUAUUCCCCAGAUGGCAGCUCAAUAGGCAGUAUGGCUAAAGAUGUUGAACACUCUGUUCCUCUUACUGAUCCUUUAUCACCACAAACACCUAAAUGUGGUUCACCAGAUUCUUUCUCUUGUUUUCUGGGUAGUAGCCAUAAGUUCAGUUCCAAGUCCCCUUCACUCUCACCUUCAACUUCUGAGUACUCCAGUUCAUUUACCUUUUCGCCCUCAUCUUCUAAUUGGUCUGAUUUAUCAUACCUUUCUUCUCAACAACCUUCACCUUCCAACCUUGGGCCCACAGAUCCAUUCUGUGUGACACAGGAUUUUUCUGCUGAUCAUGCGCAGAAUGGGGCAAGUACUUGUUUGCCAUGUAAAGGAACCUCCCCCCCUAUUGCUAAGCACGGAGGGAGUAAUCCGCCGCCUAGGAUGUUGUUACCCUCAGUUGAUAAACCACCUCCAGUGCCCCGGAACCUGGUAAGAUCAUGGUCCCUUUCCUUACCCGACUUAGAUGAUGUUAUGAUGAAGGAUGUUGAUUGUGGCCAGUUCCAGCGUGAAGGCAAUGGAGAAGAGCCAGUGUUAGAAGAUGAACAUUUUAGUGAUGGAAAUAAGUUACGAAGUGAGAAUGAAGAUGAGAAAGAGUAUGGUGACUUGUAUGUUCCUUUGAGUGAUACAUCUGAUAGGGUUGCAGAAGUAACAAAUCCAGCUCUUUACCAGUGGCCUAGUAUGGAUAAAGUGGAGUUGUGUAGCUUUAGUAUCCUUGACUCUAGAUCAGUAUAUAUUAUGUCUCUUGUAGAUUUAAACUUGGGCACAAGUAAUCCUGAGGUUCUAUAUGUAUGGGUAGGACAUGACGCGUCAUAUGAAAAGGGGCAGAGUCAAUUGACCAGCAGUGAUGGGGCAUGCGAGGAUGAUCAUGUCCACUGGGAGAUGGUUGGGCACAACUUCCUCACACAAAUGGGUUUGCCAAGUAAAGCCCUUGUUCAGGUAGUGAGGGAAGGGGAGGAGCCAGAGCAGCUCCUAAAGUAUCUUAACUGUUUCUCGUUUCACAAGACAGAAAACAGUAGUCUGAGCUGAGAAAGAUUAGUGAAGAUGUCGAACUUACAGGAACUUGGGGUCAUGAUCUGCUGGCCCUAGCGGAUCAAUUUCAUCUAUACUCUUAAGGUAAGUUGGGCAUCCCAGGCAGGAUCUGCUUGUGUGAUAUAUGGAGAGACAAAGCAUGUACAGGAACAAGCCUGUUGUACACUAAAUAAGAAUUAGAAGUAAAUAAGUGUAUAGGAAUAAGUGAAUUGUGAGUUAGUUUUUUUGUUUUUCCUGUUGAAAUGUCAUGUAUACCUGUAGGCUGACUGUGUUGAACACCGAAGGUGUCACUCUCUCUGUGUGGAAAUGAAAAGUAAAUUCAUCUUUUACAAGGACUCGUUUUUGCAGUCCAGAUGGAUUGUUCAAAUUGCA